CUAAGCGAAGCGAAUCUUUGUGGUUCUGGAGAGUAAGCAUUACAUAACGUCCAAGCAUUUUUGGUUUCCUUCUUUCUUAUUUACAUUUGAACAAAUCUGCACUCUUCAAUUCAAUUCCUAGCCCAACACGUUUUACCCACCCUCCUCCAAACACCCUUUACUCUCUCUCUCUCUCUCUCUCUCUCUCUCUCUCUCUCUUUCUCCUCGUAUAAAUUACAAACAUUCCUACCUUCCUUCAGGAUCCAGAUCCCCCCCCCAACACUAGUGAAAGGAUCAUCACACUCCAACAAAGACAAGAUGUGCUGUGGGGGUAAGAUAUGCAUGCUAUGCACAUGCCUAAUACUGUUGGUGAUACUCAUCGGAUUGCUGUUCGGCUUUGGGGUGUUCAAGCACGGUUUCCACAAGUUGAAGGAUACCAUAGAUCUCUGCGACUCCAAUCACUGCGGAAGGCCAUUCUUCGGUGUUCCAGCACCUGCUCCCCAUUGAUUUGAUUUGAUUUUCUUUUCUUUUUAUGCCAUGCAAAUACCUUCAGUUCAAAACCUCAUCUGGGGUAUUUGGAAUUGUUUCUUUGGGAUUUAUGCUGAUUUUAUUUUUUUUAUUAUUAUCUGCACCUCCUUGUUUCUGUUGUAUGAUACAUGAUUUCUUUAGCCUUGAUCCGCGUGUUGGAUUGGUUGUGUUUUUCUUUCUGAUACAUGUUUAGAAAAAGAAAAAGGAAUGUUAUAAAUACAUUUAUUUA